CCGAGGGGGCGAGAGCCACACUAUGAGGAGGGAGAGGAGAGGAAACAUAGCAUUGCGAGGCACAAAGUUAGGUGGAACAGCUUUAGAUCCAUCAACCAUCACCUGUCUGACAACGAAUAAUAAAGAUUUGAGGAUAUCUAUUUUUUCUAUAGACAAAAACUGGACCAACUAUAGGCCUCUGUGGAUUUUUGAAUGGAAACUGAAUCGGACAUUCAGACACAUUAAAUGGAGGAAGAUGUUAUUUGCAACUACCGGAAUUGGAUUGAAUAAGCCAAGUGGAAUCAAAAUAAUAGUUCCUCUCCCUCUGACAUUUAUAUAAACCCAGCUAACCUCCACACCACCACCAUUUCAGAAGUCUCAACUAAAAAGUAUGGAUUUCUCUAGCUCCCUGCCUCCCUCACGUUCUCCAUUAUACACCUCCCCCUUCAUCCCCAACUCCUCCUUCCCCUCCGCCUCUCCAUACAUCUCUCCUUCCCCCAGCCUGGCCUCAACCGCUCUCUUCUGCUCCCUCCUGUCCCUCCUGGCUCUCCUGGGCAUUGGGGGGAACCUCUACACCAUGGGUCUCCUCAUCAGACGCAGGAGAGGCAGGAGGAGGCGAGGGUGUUCUAGCUGCUGUUUAGGAGGGAGAGGAGUACCGUUACCAUCCUGCCUCUCCUCCUCUCCCCCCUCCCUCUCCCCUUCCUCCUCUCCCACCUCUUCUUCCUCCACCUCCCUCCAUCUCCAGGUGCUGAGUCUAGCUCUGGCGGACCUCCUCUACCUCUUCACGGCUCCCUUCAUCGUGUACGACAGCCUGGCAGCUGACUGGGCGUUUGGGGAGCUGGGCUGUCGCCUCCUCUUCAGCCUGGACCUGAUCACCCUGCACGCCUCCAUCUACACCCUCACCGCCAUGAGUCUGGACCGCUAUCGGGCUGUGGCCAACCCCCUGGCCACCUCGUCCUCCCCCUCCUCUGGGUUGCUCCGUGUGGCCCUGGCCUGGGGCCUGGCGGUGGCCCUCAGCCUGCCCAUGAUGAUCACCCUCCACCUGGAGGACGGAGACGACGGACAGCUGUGUGUCCCUGCCUGGGACGAGCAGAGCUCCAAAGUGUAUAUGAGCGUGCUGUUCUGUACCAGUAUGAUAGGGCCGGGGCUGGCCAUCGGGGCGCUGUAUGCUACUCUGGGCCGUCUCUACUGGGUGUCCCAGACCCAGCCCUGGGCCAGUGGUAGUGGGGGUAGCACGUCCUACCCUCCGCGGGCCCCAAGGCCCAAGGUCCUGCUCCUCAUCCUGGGGAUAGUUCUGGCCUUCUGGGCCUGUUUCUUGCCCUUCUGGGUGUGGCAGCUGCUGCCGCUAUACCGGCCCGACAUGCUGCGGACAGUACCGGUGGGUACCCAGGUGACGGUGAACCGGAUCCUAACGGGGCUGACGUACGGGAACUCUUGCGUGAACCCAUUCUUCUACACGCUGCUCACAGGGGGGAAACGACGGAGGAACAGGCAGACACCGACGUCAGCGAAUCAGCUCUGCCGCAAGAGCAGUCCGCAGUAGUGUUCGUGACAGCACAGACAGUCCGGUAUAAUAGACUGCUCUGGGGGCUGGUGGGGGGCUGCUUACAAACUGUCCGAUUCAAACACCCCCGUCUCCCCCUGAAAUAUCAAAGGGCAUUUCACUGUGUAAUUGUUACUUCAUAAGGACUAUAUUAAAGACAGCACUUUGUAUGCACGGAUGUGACUGGACCAUACUUCCUAUUUGGAGAUUAAAAAUGUGACGGGCUGAGCGAAAAUACCAAAGCUUCAAAACUUGAGAAAUAUCUCAUUGAUUGUAUGAAUUCACAAAAAUACAUGGAGUAUGACAACAGGGAAGCAGCGUUUGUGUGUUCUGUUAUCAUUUAGGGGGCUUUAGUGAGGACCUCGUGUCACGGACCCUUAACGUUUGAUAUGCACGCCUAAAGUCAGACCUUUUUUAUUAGCAAUACCUGCAUGUUGGGUUUGGACUUUUAUUUUGUAACGAACUCUGCAAUGCUUUGCAUGGUGACGAUGACGCCUGUAUUUAUAUCCAGUUUGGUGUGUAUAAUAUGAUAUAAUAUAUCAAAUAAAA